AUGGCGUCCCAGAAAAAGCCUCAUGUUUUGUUGCUGCUGGAGUAUUAUAUUCACCAUGAAGAGCAUCCGAGCUUUAGACACAAAUGUCUCGAGAGACUUGAGCGCUCUUUCAAAGUCGUUUUCCCAUCCGACCUUGCAGCAAACCCAGGACUAGCAACUGAAAUUUUUGGAGCUAUUACACCCGGGGGAGAAGAAGAAAAUCGCCGACUGCUGCGUUCGUUACCCAAUUUAAAAAUUAUCUCCAACCAUGGCGUCGGAAUUGAUCACAUUGACUUAAAGUGGGCUAAAAAUUCAAACAUUCGAAUUGGAAACACUAAACCUGUCGUGGCUAAUGCAACAGCUGAUUUAGCAAUGGCACUUUUAUUAGCAUCCGCACGGAAAAUUAUUCCCGGCGUUCGUUAUACAAUGGGAAAUGACAUGCCAUAUCUUUCACCCCCUGAAUACACGGGCCACUGUCUGACCGAUGCCACCAUUGGAAUUUUAGGAAUGGGAAAUAUUGGUUUAAAGAUUGCUAUCCGAGCCAAGGCAUUCAACAUGACUGUUCUUUACCAUAAUCGUAACAGAAGGAGCAGCGAGGAUGAGAAUUUGAUCCAAGCCAAAUACUUUGCUCGGCUGAAAGACAUGUUGCCUGAAUGUGAUUAUUUAGUUAUCGCUUGUCCUGCUACUAAUGAAACAACAAAUAUGAUUGGCUGGCCAGAAUUUAAAGCCAUGAAAAAUACAUCAUAUCUAAUCAACAUUGGAAGAGGUAAAAUCGUUGAUCAUGACGCUUUGGUAAAAGCGCUGACCACUGAAGAAAUAGCAGCAGCAGCCCUCGAUGUAACAUUUCCAGAACCACUUCCACGGAAUCACCCACUCCUCUCCCUGCCAAAUGUCAUCAUCACUCCACAUUGUGGCACUAACACGUUUGAAACUAGAUACAAAAUGAUUGACCUCGUGGCCCAAAAUCUCGAAUGUGCUCUUGAAGGGAAACCAAUGCCUUCAGAAGUUGACCUUUAA